GAGGUCGGGCGGCUGGCGCGCUGGAGCGCGGCCGCAGGCGGCCGGAACCACCCCGCGCAGCUCGCCGUUCUGCUGCGCGGGCUGUCCCUGCUGCGGCACGGCGGCAGGCUGGUUUACUCCACGUGCUCGAUGAACCCGCUGGAGGACGAGGCCGUGGUGCGGGCGGCGCUGUUGGCAGUAGGCGAGCCGCGGCGGGGCCGCCUGCGGCUGGUGCCCGCCGACCUCGCUCUGCCGCGGGCUGUCGCGCGGGCGCGCCCGGUCUGCUCGCGUGGCGCGCGCCGGGCCCCGACUUCGGCAGCUCGGGCGGCAGCUUCGGCUCGCUGGAGGAGGUGCCCGAGCACCUGCGGGCGGACUACCCG